UUGCCUAAGAUAGCACAAGGGUUAUUAAAGGCUGUGUUCUUAAACUUUUGAUCAGCUACUGAACAGUCAGUUUCAUCUCAAUUGGCCCCAGAAAAGAACACAGUGUGACUAUAUCAGAAGGUGUGGUGCAUUGGAAAGCAGAGAGGUUAUAGUCAGUGGGUUGAACACCCUCUGGUGGAACUGUGUGACCUAAGAAAAACAGACUGACAUUUGUCUUUGUUCAGCUGUAACCCUGCCUCUUUGAACCAUUGCAGCACUGCAGCAAGAGCAGUAUCAUGCUCACUUUGAGUUGAACCCCACAGAAUGACGUCAUCUAGAUAAUGAAAAACAUUCGGGUGAGAAAGGCAGUCAUGAAUGUUUGCAGUUCAGAGCUGAAUGCUUUCAUCAGGAAACAGUGAAGUCUGCUCAGUUAGUUUGAUCUCUAAAGAUGUCCACACAAACUGAAGCUGCAGCAGAUUGGAGAGUGAAAUUUAGCAGAAAUCUUCAUCCAGAUGGAAGAGAACAAAGUGAGGUGGAGAUGUUAGAUGAUGAAGAGCAGCACUCUGAUCAUGGAUUACAACAAACUGAUAUUCUGGUGUCUUUGGAAAACAACAGACUGAAAACCAGUAACAAUCACCUGCAGACUGAACUUUCAGGCAUCAACAAAACUCUUUGGGAUGAAAUAAAACAGCUGAAAAAUAAGAUUGAAGGUAAAAGGUGUCCUGAAGGAUGGAUGAGAUUUGGAAGCAGCUGCUACUAUAAAUCCACUAAGAAUAGAACUUGGAUAGACAGCAGGAGUUUCUGUCAGUUUGCAGGAUCUGAUCUGGUGGUGGUAAACAGCAAAGAGGAACAGGAGUUUGUUUCUAAAUUGAAUCAGAAUGCAGAAUCCUGGAUCGGUCUGUCUAUUGAAUGGUCAUCACAGAAACAGAAAUAUGAAUGGAAAUGGGUGGAUGGAUCACCACUGACAGAAACGUUCAGGGAUGAGAGGAUUUCAAAAGAUCCAAACUACAACUACCAUGCAGUGUCCUUAAAUACUGAAGGGAAAUGGACACAACUGCACUAUACAACCAUCAAAAACUGGAUCUGUGAGAAAUGCAUAACAUUCUGAAUCUUUCUGUUUCUGAGCUGUGCAUUGAUUUAACUGUUUAGUUAUGUAACUACAAAAAUGUUUUCUUUUUUAUUUCUUUUUGUGUACUUUAACAAAAUAGUGCUUAAAUGAAAGUUGUAUUUUAGUUUAUGGUGAAUUGUUCAGAGAAAUGAAGUUGUCAUCUGUCAACAACUUCAUCACAUUUAAAUAUCAGUUAAAUUGACUCAGAUAAACAGGAAACUGUAAUAAAUGGCAUGAAAACCAACAGCAGUUCAGACUCAGGUUUUGUCUGUAGCAAAUAACAAACAGCUUCCACAAAGUCUACUGAAAAGUUGCAUCUAGAAAGGGAAGCAAAUAUUUGGAACAUUAUUUCUGUAUUUUCUCAUGAUUUGUUCGAGUAUUAAAAUAAUUUAUGAUAAAAAGUCUCUUUUGUCUUAAUAUAUUACUGGUUCUGAUUUGGGUCUUGUCAGAUAAAUGCAUCUAGACAAUGAAGAAAAACAGUAAGAAAUAACAAAUCACAGAAAAAAGUCAAUUUCUUAUGCACAAGGGAGAAAAAACAAGUGUGACGGAGGUCUCUAUCAUCCUCUAUUUCCACUCAAGCUGAUUUCGUUGAAAAUAGAAGUAGGAGGUUACAAUUUUCAAGCAGAGAUACAAGCUGAAAAGUUCAUUGGGGUGUGUGUCAUAUAAUGAACCAUUUGGGAGGGUUUCCAUUUCAAACGGCAUCCUUUUCUUGUCAGCUAAGAAAAGUGUGUGUUGAAAACCCCCUCAUCCUAGCUGGGUCUAAGAAGCAGAUGAAAAACACAGAACUGUUUCUAAAGAGGUAAAAAGGCCAGUUUGAGGUGAUAUUUAAACAAUAAUGAUUACAAAAAAGUUCUUUCACAUCAUUCCCUCCUGUUUAUCACUGAUUAUUAAAAUCUCACAUCCAAUAUCACAUCUCUUCUCAGUUUUCUGUGACAUCUUUAUUUUCAUAACACAUUUAUCAAUUU